AUGAUAUCAGAAAGUCAGCUCUCCGGUGUUGUCUACAGUAUGAUUAUCCUGGCUUCACUCUUCGUUCUUGCGCGCUCCGGAGUACAGGUAUGCAUGCGAAGAAAGCUUGAAGCACAAGACUUUCUACUGUACGCUGCCUUUAUUCUUUUCCUCGCCACCACGAUCUGCUAUCUCGUCAUCUUUUCCAAGGUGUUCAUGAUUGCAAGGGUCUCUGUAGGCGUGUUAGAGCCCGGACCGACCUUCCAAGCCGAUAUGAUCACAUACGUCCGAAUGAUGUUCGUUACUACGACAUUAUUUUGGAUCUCACUAUGGUUGGUCAAACUGUCUUUCCUGUCAUUAUACAGGAAGUUGCUGGAGGGCCUGCCAAUAGUGUACAUGAGACUCUGGUCAGCGGUCUUGGUAUUUUGCGUCAUCACCUUAAUCGGUUGCAUAGUAUCUUAUACCACAUCUUGCCCCGACUUUGGAGCGGCAAUGGGUAGAGGAGAUUGCCCUCUAGGCCCCCGGACCACUCGCGGUUCUCUUGCCAGUCUCUAUACAGCAUAUGCGGUGGAUAUGUUGUCAGAUCUUAUGAUAAUGGCUUUACCUAUAAAACUAGUCUGGAACCUUCAGAUGGCGCGCGUACAGAAAGUAGCGGUGAUUGCGUUGUUCGCAUCUGGCAUUGUAUGCAUGGCUUUUGCUACCUUACGCGUGGUCCAGAUCGGCAUCAAAUCGGAAAACAGCACUGCCUCAAGUCCGACAUGGCUGGCUCUUUGGACCAUAGUGGAGAAUGCUAUCGCCAUCUGUAUUGGUUGCUGUCCAGCCUUUGCCAUCCUGUACCGAUCGUCUCACACACCUCACAUCUCGUACGAUACGAACGGUUACGUUCGACACAACCAGAGCCAAUCCAGUAACAACGGUAAUCAUCGAGAAACGAUCAAGAUGAACUCAAUGAAAGUUGGCGCUGGUCGCGAAAGAGAGCUCAGGCACGACACAUACUGGAAUGACACACGAAGCAGCCAAGAAGAGCUGGCGACAGACAACAAGACAAUCGUAGUCACCACGACAUUGCAACAAGACGACCAUCACUCAAAUAUGGGACCAUGA